UUUCAUGAUGACUGCUGACAGCUCUCUCCAAGCAGGAACAAGCCUCAGUUGUUUUUCCACCGUAGGAAUGGUAGCGUUAGCAGGUUAGCUCUUCGGGCAUCAGCUGUAGGAUUAAUUUACUUGUUAACGUUCUUUAGAUUUCGGUUUUCCUGUUAGAUAAUGAAUUUACUGCCGUCUAAUCCUCACGGGAAUGGGCUCCUCUAUGCUGGAUUCAACCAGGAUCAUGGAUGCUUUGCCUGCGGGAUGGAGAACGGGUUCCGUGUGUACAACACAGAUCCUCUUAAAGAGAAGGAGAAACAAGAGUUCCUGGAGGGGGGGGGUCGGCCAUGUGGAGAUGCUGUUCAGGUGUAACUAUUUAGCACUAGUGGGAGGAGGGAAGAAGCCAAAGUACCCAACCAACAAAGUGAUGAUCUGGGAUGACCUGAAGAAGAAGACAGUAAUUGAGAUUGAGUUCUCAACAGAAGUGAAAGCAGUGAAGCUUCGGCGUGACAGGAUCGUGGUGGUCCUGGACUCAAUGAUCAAAGUCUUCACCUUUACCCACAACCCCCAUCAGCUGCAUGUGUUCGAGACCUGCUAUAAUCCCAAAGGUCUGUGUGUGCUGUGUCCCAACAGCAACAACUCCCUGCUGGCCUUCCCUGGCACUCACUCAGGCCACGUGCAGAUAGUGGACCUGGCCAACACAGAGAAGCCCCCGGUAGACAUCCCUGCCCACGAGGGGGCGCUGUGCUGCAUUGCUCUAAAUCUGCAGGGCACAAGGAUAGCGACUGCAUCAGAAAAAGGGACUCUGAUCAGGAUCUUUGACACAUCUGCAGGGCAGCUCAUACAGGAGCUGAGGCGUGGCUCUCAGGCAGCUAACAUCUACUGCAUUAAUUUCAACCAGGAUGCGUCUCUGAUCUGUGUGUCCAGUGACCACGGCACCGUGCACAUCUUUGCUGCAGAGGACCCCAAAAGGAACAAACAGUCCAGUUUGGCCUCAGCCAGCUUUCUUCCCAAAUACUUCAGCUCCAAGUGGAGCUUCUCCAAGUUCCAGGUGCCCUCAGGCUCCCCCUGUGUGUGUGCCUUUGGAACAGAGCCCAACGCUGUAAUGGCCAUUUGUGCUGACGGCAGCUACUACAAGUUCCUGUUCAACCAGAAAGGGGAGUGUUCUAGAGACGUGUACGCCCAGUUCCUGGAGAUGACCGAUGAGAAAAUAUGACUUUUGACCCCUCUGGAGACUUGCUGCAUCACAGGCGGAUUUAAUUUUUUCUGUACUUAUUUUAUUUUGGAGGGAAGGUCCCAUGAUGCACUUCUCUUUACAGACUCUGUUAAAGAGCAUCCGUUGAAGAGAGGAACAAAGACUGGGGAAGCUGAUCAGAUGGAUGAAGACUUUUGUUUUUCUCAGACUCCUGAAGAUUGUCUCUGGACAGAGGGACACAGAGGGUUGUCUCUGGACAGAGGGACACAGAGGGUUGUCUCUGGACAGAGGGACACAGAGGGUUGUCUCUGGACAGAGGGACACAGAGGGUUGUCUCUGUACAGAGGGACACAGAGGGUUGUCUCUGGACAGAGGGACACAGAGGGUUGUCUCUGAUGCAGACUUGACUCCCAAACCAAACACUAAAGAAGAGUGAAAGGUAUUUUUUGAAUCUAAAACAUGCAGCUUUUUAAGACGUCUUCCGAGGAAUUUACAAAGGAUCUUAAGAUAUGACUCUGGUAGUUCCAUGGAUUGAAAAUAUUGAGAUUUUUUUCAAUUUACCACCUAACCUAACUAUAGGGAGUGCCUCAGACUGGAGAGAAGCUGUAUGUGUGCACAUAUUGUCUUUGUCAUCUAUACUUGUUUGUGUAUAUACCAAUGUACCACAUUAGGUGUUCACAUCUGAAUCAGAAUGCAGUUGCAUCGGAACACACUGAUUCUGUAUUGUAAGUGUCACCUUAGUAUUAAUAGAUUUUCUUAAAUUCACUGUAUAAACACAAAGCACCAGACUGAACUUCUAACUCAAUAGAACUGUACAGAAUAGAAGCAAAAACAUUUAUUUGUUUCCGUCGUCCUUUUUUUCAUACAUUUUGCAAUGUGUUCCCCAAAUGCUUUUUGUGAAGAGCUUGUGACAGGAUGUGACCCGGAAGAUUAAAAAAUAGUUUGACAUUUA